CUCUUUCGCCGGCUCGCGCUGAAGGCUGACAAGGAACCGGCAUUUUCGCCCAACCCGGCGUCGCGUUCAACAACCGCUAACGACUCUCACCGCGACAGCAACAGGAAUGCCUGGAUACGGGAACGACAGAGGGGACCGUGGCCGCGACCGUGGCGGGUUCGGCGGACCUCGCUUCGGUGGGAGCAGAAACGCGCCUCCUCCCGGCAAGAAGUUCGGGCAGCCGGGGGAGAAGCUGAGGAAACGCAAGUGGGACCUCGAGGAGCUGCCGAAAUUCGAGAAGAACUUCUACGUGGAGCACGCUGGCGUGGUGAACCGCACACCGCAAGAAGUUGAGCAGUACAGAAGAACCAAGGAAGUAACAGUGAAGGGACUUGGUUGUCCUAAGCCAAUCUUCAACUUCACUGAAGCAAGUUUUCCAUCGUAUGUAUUGGAUGUUCUAAUGCAACAGAAUUUUGUUGAACCCACUGCUAUUCAGGCUCAGGGUUGGCCAGUUGCACUUAGUGGAAAAGAUAUGGUUGGCAUUGCACAGACUGGAUCUGGUAAAACACUUGCUUACUUGUUGCCAGCCAUUGUUCACAUAAAUCAUCAGCCUUUCCUGGAACGUGGCGAUGGUCCCAUUUGCCUUGUCCUGGCACCAACCAGAGAGCUGGCCCAGCAAGUGCAGCAUGUGGCAAAUGAUUACGGCAGAGUCUCGCGUCUAAAAUCCACUUGUAUUUAUGGAGGAGCUCCGAAAGGCCCACAGAUUCGGGACCUUGAAAGAGGUGUGGAAGUCUGUAUUGCAACCCCUGGCCGACUAAUAGACUUCCUGGAAGCUGGCAAGACCAAUCUAAGGAGAUGCACAUACCUAGUACUCGAUGAGGCAGACAGAAUGCUUGACAUGGGCUUUGAACCACAGAUCAGGAAAAUUGUUGACCAAAUUAGGCCGGAUCGACAGACCUUGAUGUGGAGUGCAACCUGGCCCAAAGAAGUUAGACAACUGGCUGAAGACUUCCUGAAGGAAUAUGUGCAAAUUAACAUUGGGGCAUUAGAACUUAGUGCCAAUCACAACAUCCUGCAAAUAGUUGAUGUAUGCCAAGAGUUUGAGAAGGAUGACAAGUUGCUGAGGUUAAUGGAAGAAAUAAUGAGUGAAAAGGAAAACAAAACCAUAAUCUUUGUGGAGACCAAGCGGCGAUGUGAUGAACUUACCAGGCGAAUGAGGAGAGAUGGGUGGCCAGCGAUGUGUAUUCAUGGUGACAAGAGUCAACCAGAGCGUGACUGGGUUCUCAAUGAAUUCCGGUCGGGCAAAGCACCAAUCCUUAUUGCUACUGAUGUUGCAUCCAGAGGUUUAGAUGUGGAAGAUGUGAAAUUUGUCAUCAAUUAUGACUACCCUAACUCGUCUGAAGACUAUAUCCACCGCAUUGGACGAACUGCCCGGAGUUCCAAAACGGGCACAGCUUAUACGUUCUUUACUCCUGGCAACAUAAAGCAAGCAAACGACCUUAUCUCUGUGCUUCGUGAGGCUAAUCAGGCUAUCAACCCAAAACUAAUCCAGAUGGUAGAAGACAGAGGUUCAGGUCGUUCCAGGGGUAGGGGUGGUGGCUAUAAAGAUGAUCGCCGCGAUGACAGAAGAGACAGAUUCUCUGGUUCCAGGGGUGGGGGUUAUAAUGGUUUUAGAAAUAGGGACAGCAUGGACAGGGGUUAUGGACUAGGAAAGCGGGAGAAUGGGACCUUUAGUUCACAAACUUACAACCCGUCUGGUCAGAAUUCCUUUGGUGCACCUGGAAGCUAUGGAACUCGGUUUGGAAAUUCUAGCUACGCAUCUUUGACCCAGGGAACUGCAGCAUUUGCCAGUCAAAAUCAGAAUGGCUUCAAGGCAGCCAGUAAUAAAGUUCAGCAAUUUGGAAGUUCUGGUCCUAGCUCCCUGCAAACCAAUGGUGUGGGUCAGCAGCUGGCCGUGGGAGCACAGUAUCAAUAUGCGCCCCCACCAUUGAUGGGGAUGGGUUUUCAGGGGCAGACUGGAUAUCCCAUGCCAGCAGCAUAUGCAGCAUUGCAGAAGUAACUUAUUGAACUAGGUGUUUUUGAAUUAUUUUUCAUUCUCUUCUGACUUGUACUGUAAUUUUUUUUGAGGAGAGGAUGGGAAAGUUUAAUAGAAACCAUUGAUAAUUCAGCAAAGACUGCAGUGCAGCAGUAGGAUUGGUGCACUUUCCCCACUAUUUAAUUUUUUGUUACUUUACAUUCCUUGGAACUUUUUUUGUUAGUGUUUUCUAUUAGAAAUGGCAGGUUAAUAUUAUUACAAGUUACUUACACAAAAGUACCACAGCAUACAUGAAGAUGCAUGUCAUUCCUGUAAGGAAGUUUGAUACAAGUCUUGGAGUUCUGUAUGUAACUGCCAAUGUGUCAUUUUAAAUAAAACUUUAAAACUGAA